CCUCCUGUUACCGUGGACUGAUUUCGCCUCUGUGUGUUUUGAAAUAGGAGAGAGGGCAGCGCGAGCGGGGACUCCACGGCGGCGCUGAUCUGAUUGUAUGGCGGCUAAAACGGGUGGAGCUGUCGAAGUGCAUAAGAAUGACACUGUCAAACGCACAGCAAUGGCAAGGCGUGGCUUUGGCCGUGAAGGGAAGCCCAUUAGGUUGCUGUCAAACCACUUUGCUGUGAACCUUAGUGGGGUUGAUGCGGUUUUCUACCAAUACAGUGUUUCCAUCAAAUCUGAUGAUGAUACGGUGAUUGAUGGCAAGGGUAUUGGCCGGAAAGUCAUUGAUAAAAUGCUGCAAACAUACAGUUCUGAGCUUGCUGGGAAGGACUUUGCCUAUGAUGGUGAGAAAUGUCUAUUUACUGUUGGGCCUCUUCCACAGAACAACUUCGAGUUCACUGUUAUCAUGGAGGAAACAUCUUCAAGGGCUGUUGGUGGAAGUCCUGGACAUGGAAGCCCUAGUCUUGGUGACAAGAAACGAGCAAAGCGGUCACAUCUUCCAAAACAGUUUGUAGUGGGUAUAAGUUAUGCAGCAAAGAUCCCCCUCAGAUCAGUUGCUUUGGCGCUUCAGGGAAGUGACUCGGAUCAUGCCCAGGAUGCUCUGAGAGUCCUCGACAUUGUUUUAAGGCAACAACAGGCUAAGCGAGGUUGCCUACUUGUUAGGCAAUCAUUUUUCAGUGAUGACAGCAGAAACUUAGUUGAUUUAACUGGUGGCGUCAGUGGAUGUCGUGGACUGCAUUCUAGUUUCCGUACUACCAGGGGUGGUUUAUCUUUAAACAUGGAUGUUUCAACCACUAUGAUUGUGACUCCUGGACCUGUUGUCAACUUCCUCCUUACAAAUCAAAAUGUCAGAGACAUUAGAGAACUCGACUGGCUCAAGGCUAAGAGAAUGUUGAAAAAUCUGAGAGUUAGAGCUACGCACAACAACAUGGAAUUUAAGAUCAUUGGGCUUAGUGAUCAACCAUGCUAUAAACAAACAUUUCCUAUGAAAGUUCGGAAUGGGAGCAGUGAAGGUCAGACUGUUGAUAUUACUGUUGAGGAAUACUUCAAAACCAAGCAGGUGGUUUUGGAUAAACCUUAUCUUCCAUGUCUUGAUGUGGGAAAACCAAAACGCCCGAAUUAUCUCCCAAUUGAGCUGGCGAACUUGAUAUCACUUCAACGUUAUACAAAGGCACUAUCUUCUCAGCAAAGAACAAUGUUGGUUGAAAAAUCACGACAGAAACCUCAGGAUCGCAUGAGAGUUGUUACCGAUGCAUUAAAAAGUAACAGAUAUGAUGAUGAUCCAAUCUUUUCUUCCUGUGGCAUUAAAAUUGAGAAUCAGCUCACGCGUGUUGAUGGUCGUGUUCUGUCUGCGCCAAUGUUGGUUGUCGGAAAUAGUGAAGAUUGUUUUCCAAGCAGAGGCAGGUGGAAUUAUAAUAACAAGAAAUUAUUUGAGCCUGUCAAGAUUGAGCGUUGGGCAAUUGUUAAUUUCUCUGCUCGUUGUGACAUGAGCCGGAUCUCUAGAGAUCUGAUAAACUGUGGACGAACCAAAGGCAUCAUUAUUGAGCGCCCUUUCAGCCUUGUGGACGAGGAUAGCCAAGCUAGGAGAUGUCCUCCUAUUGAAAGGGUUGAAAGGAUGUUCGAAAAAGUUAAAGCAAACCUUCCUGGUCCUCCGGAAUUUCUGCUUUGUGUUCUACCAGAGAGGAAGAAUUGUGAUAUUUACGGUCCAUGGAAGAAGAAAAAUCUUCAUGAGAUGGGUAUUGUCACUCAAUGCGUUGUUCCUAGUAAUAAGAUGAAUGAUCAAUACUUCACCAAUGUUCUUCUAAAGAUCAAUGCUAAGCUUGGCGGAAUGAACUCUAAACUGGCAAUGGAGCAUCGCCAUAUGACUCCAAUGGUCAGUAAGAUACCCACAUUAAUUCUGGGAAUGGAUGUUUCACAUGGCUCUCCAGGUCGAUCAGAUAUACCGUCAAUAGCUGCUGUUGUUGGGUCCAGAUGUUGGCCACUGAUAUCACGGUACAGGGCAUCUGUCCGGACCCAGUCUCCAAAGGUAGAGAUGAUUGAUUCUCUUUUUAAGCCACUGGAUGAUGGAAAGGAUGAUGGUAUAAUAAGGGAGCUUCUACUAGACUUCUACCAGACCAGUGAUCAAAGAAAGCCGUCGCAGAUAAUCAUUUUCAGGGACGGUGUGAGUGAGUCUCAGUUUAGCCAAGUACUGAAUCUCGAGGUUGAUCAAAUAAUGAAGGCUUACCAGAAUAUGGGUCAGGGGCCACCUCCAAAGAUUACAGUUAUCAUUGCUCAAAAGAAUCACCACACGAAGCUGUUCCAAGCUGAUGCACCAGAUAAUGUUCCACCUGGUACUGUAGUGGACUCGGGUAUUGUUCAUCCAAAACAGUAUGAUUUCUACAUGUGUCCUCAUGCUGGACCUAUAGGUACCUCAAGGCCCACCCAUUAUCAUGUCUUGCUUGAUGAGAUUGGCUUCUCGCCAGAUGACCUCCAAAAGCUAGUUCUCUCACUUUCCUAUGUUUAUCAGAGGAGCACCACUGCAAUAUCUGUGGUGGCACCUGUCUGUUACGCUCACCUUGCAGCAGCACAGAUGAGCCAGUUCAUGAAAUUCGAGGAAUUUGCUGAUACUUCAUCUGGGAGUGGUGUCCCGUCAUCUACGGCGACUGUCCCUGAACUGCCGCGGUUACAUGCUGAUGUCUGCAGUUCGAUGUUCUUUUGUUGAGCUGGUUUUAGUCAGUCCAUUGUGCAGCAAGGGUUGACUCUGUCCGUGUGAAGAAACCUGAUAUUGGACAGGUGACAGUAGGCUUUACUGGGAUCAAUUUUUUGGUUAUUUUAUCUGGACUGUGUAUGUAGUGCACCGUGGUUAGUAUAGUGUCAGUGGUUAGGGUCAUCCGGAGAGUAGUAACAGUUGACGCUUGAUCGAUAGAAGGCUUAUGGAAUAUGGAUAUGUACUCCAGAUUCUUAACUUUCUCCCAUCCGUAAGCGGGGUAACAUUGAUAUA